AUGGCUAAGGGGAAGGGCAGAGAGUCUACAAGGUUAUAUGUCAUGACCAGCAUCAAUGGCUUUGACAACCAACAAAACUGCGACGCGUUACGCUACGUUGCCGUAUAUGACGUAUGUCAGCUGAUCAAUAUUGACGUUGAUGGAAGUUCCGUGUGGAAUUCGAACGACAACGUUUGGAAAGUGGCGUCAACGGGGCAAAACAUUCCUAAAACAUUCACCACACAAUCUACGUCGCCGAUUGUAACGUCAUCAACGUUUGGAGCAAUUACGACGUCAAUAUUGACCACUACUUCCGCAUCGACAUCGGAAACUGCAACAACAGUGCCAUUAGUUACAACUACACCACCAGCAGAAACGACAACUCCAGCAGCAGCUACCACACCAGCAGGUACCACGACAGCAGCAACAACACCAACACCAGCAACAACGACAACAGUAGUUGGAACGACAGCACCUCCAACGUGUGCAGGAGGAUGGCAACAGUACGAGGGAAGCUGUUAUUUAUGGGUGGAAAUUAUGUACGAAUGGAAAGUCGCAAAAAACAACUGCGAGUCAAUGGGAGCUAAUCUUACGUCGGCGGCGAAUGCCGGUGAAGAUGCAUUCGUCUACAGCAUAAUGGGCUCCGGCAUCUGGACGUCCGGAAACGACAUGGCAACAGAGGGAACGUUCAUGUGGUCGCCACACGAGGCUUUUACGUACAUUAACUGGUCUAAUAACGAGCCUGGUGGCGGGACUAUGGAGAACUGUAUGUCUAUAAAGGGAAACACCGGUCGCUGGGCAGAUUUUGCGUGCUCACAACUCUUCACUUCUAUGUGUAAGAAGGCCGUUUAG